GGGCGUGCGGGCCCAGCGCGACCCCGGGGCUCUCCGGCGGCAUGUGUGCUCUUCGGACAGGACUCUCGGGGAAGUUAGAGCUCAGAAGUAGUGUGGCAACAGCUUGGUUGUUGUGGUUCCGUUGUUGGUGCUGGGGGAAGCUUGUGCUUUCCAUAUCCUCAAAUGGCAGCUGAGCGUAGUGGCAGUAUGUUGCAGGGUGUCAGCUUUGACCGGUUCCCCUAGCGCUGCAGUUACCCGGAUACAAAACCGGAGUGAGACAGAGAUGAAUGAUACUCCUCAAGUGAGAGGCCUGACGUAAUGAGUUGUCUAUCGGAAGGCACAGUGCAUAGUGCAACUUAGAGUGUCUUAGACUUCAGACACCUUGACUUCGGACCAAAGCAGGUCUUUUUCUGGCAGAAACGUGCUUUGCCUUGCCCUUCAGAGGAGAGAUGUUUAUAAGAGACUCAGAUUAGUUUGUGCUCAUUUAAGUUGUUGCUGUCACAGACCUACCCUAUAAAGAAGUUCCAGUUGUGUCUUGCUCAGAUGACAAAUUUCCUUGUAUGAUUUCAUUGUUCAAGGAACUAUUGUGAUUAGGAAAUAGCCGGUUCACUGUGCAGUUCUGCAAGUGUCAACAUGAAUUAAAGGGGUAGGACUGCGAUGCAAGAGGGUAGGAGGAUAGCAAUUGUGAUAUAACCUUUAUUAAAUAAAUGUACACAGUGAUAUGUUUGUUGGUCCUUCUCCUUUGUUCUCAAUUCUUUGGUUUCCUGAUUGGCUUUGUCUGUACCUCAGUAAUCCUAGCAAAUACUAAGCCUGUACUAAUUCCUGUCAAUAGAAAAGAUAGGCCAUUAAUAAUAUUUUUCAAGCAAAAGCUGCAGUAUGAGCUCCAAUCUUAAUAAACACCAAAGGUCUUUGUGUGAGAAUGGCUUUGCCUUGACUUUCAGUGGUUUUAUCAUUUCAGUGAUCUAAAUAUGACAUGUAAACAUACAGGAAGACUGGUUUUAUUAUUUUGCUUCUCUCCAUAGUACUUGGUUUGUAUGAGCUUAGCAUUCAUUUCUGUUGUCUUAGUUUUUUGCAAAAUCUGACAACAGCAUUUAAUUCUAAAUUAACUGUUUCAGUGUUCAGAGACUGUAGGUAAGCAUUUUAUCUCUGGUAUUCUGAUGUCUCUGAUCCCUGACCACAUAUCUAGUGGAAGGACUAAGCAAUCAGAAGUAUGCUAAAUUCAAGAAUGUUACUUGAGGUGAGUGCUAUGAGUGCAACCAUUUUUGUCUGAGUGCAGUAUUUAAGUAUUUUUGUAAAAUCUGGUUUGACUUACACAGAGCUUGCACAGCUGGUUGUUGCACCUGGGUGUGUUGAGAUAAUGUUUGUGGAAAUACAGAGGUAUGUCUAACUAAACUCUUAGAAAAUUGAGAAAACCCACCAGAUUUCUGUGAAAAGUUUUUAGUGAUUUUGUAAGAACCCCUCUAGGAACUGUGUAGUAGAGGCAGAGAUAGGAUUUAGUACUAAUUGGUGCUUUCAUUCAUCAAUCUCAUCUACCUCCCUUUACCAUUCUGUAUUUGAUGUUUAUAAUUUGUGUUUCUUCAACAAGUAAGAGCAUUCAUCGGGUCAUGUCUGAUUCAGUACAAGUCUUCCCUUAUUCCAUUGGCUUAUGUGAUGUAUUUUAUUAGUAACAUACUUGGGGAAAGAAAAAAAAUAGUCUGUCAUCUUGUCUUCAGACCAGCUGAUGCAUCAGAUCUGGUUGUAUUUCUAUGCUUGUAGAUGUCAUUAUCAUACUAUGCACAAAUUUGCUUAAAACUCUCAGUUAUAUCUUCAGUGAGACUGAGUUAAUAGGCAAAUGAUUGCUUAGAGUUGUGAUGGGAUGGUACUAACUCUGAAAGGCACUGGUGUUCAUGGGUUAGGCACUGGUGUUAGUUUGUUGUUUUGUGUAUGUUAGCACAAGUGUCAUGCCAUAAAUAGCACAGGAGCUAGUUAUGAUCCAGGUUAAGGCUAGCUGUCUCUCCUGUUGUGGCUUAGUUUCAACCCAGAUUAUGUGUGUGUGAAGACUGAGGAAGAGGAUGAAGCAGUGAUUAUGGGCCAUGGAGACAAUGGACUAUCCACACAAAGCUUCAUGCCAGUGCAACAGAACUCUGAAGCAAACAGUGCUGUUCACCACAUGAGUCAACUUGCCUAUGGAAGUGAAGGCUUGCCAGUGCUUAGUGAUCAAACAUCCUCACCAAUGAGCCAUUCUGCAAUGAUGCAGAGAGGAAAUGGUCACAGCCCUGUAAAAACGGAUUUUGUGUUUUUGCGUAAUAAAAGGAAACGACUUUCUCCUGCUGUAGUGGAACACAAUGUGAUAAGAACCAGGGAAGAAGAAUAUGAAGAUAGUGACAGUGUUGUUUAUGAGUAUGAACCAGACUAUGAAUGUGAGAGCAUUUUAUCUGAAGCUUCUUAUACUGGAUAUCAGCAGAAUCCACUUAUGGAGGUCCUCAGUUAUUGCCAGGCCAUGUAUGAUGCCAUUCAGAAGCUGGAUAAGAAGUUUGACCUCCUUCAUCGUAAGGUCUCAGAAAUGCAGCAUACUCGUAUAAAGCCAUUGUUGCUCAAACCCAAACCAGUUGGAUUUACAUACAGAAGUUCCAGUCAUUUGCCUUCAGGAAAAAUAAGAGUACAAAAACACAUGGAAAGGGAUUUAAGUCUUCAUGUUUCUUCAUCAGGCCAGGGAAGGCCUAACCCACUGGUAAAGGUGGCUUUACAGAAUGGCCACAUUCAAGUCAAUUCCGAAGUAAAUCAUGCCCCACAGAGUUUUCACCUUCAAUCUCAGCAGCCUGUUGGAAGGCAGAGCCCACCACUCCCCACUAUAGUUUCUACACAUUCAUUGCAUUCAUCAUACGCUGCAACUAAUGGGAUGCCUGACCUUUCACCACAAUCAAAUCUUGCACCCAGUAUUGUGGAAAGUACUGUCAACGUUGCAUCUUCACCUGUGGCCUCACCAUCGAUACCAGCACCAUCUGAGCCCAGCCAGGAAAACAGUGCUGUGGAGUUGAACUGCAAAAAUGCAUCUGAGGAUGUGAAUAUUAGUGAGGAGCUACCAUCUUCUUCAGUCUUCAUCAAUCCUAGCUUUGAGUUUGUUGGUGAUCCAGCAAGAAAUGUGAAAGUUCUUGGAAACCACUUGGUGAAGGCUCGGCAAAAGACUAAACCCAAGUAUGCAGCGCGCCACUUGGUUCGUGUCUUGUUCCCCAAGAAAACUUUAUUGUGCAGCAUUAUGGGAGCAAGUGCACGAGGGCGUAGGACAUUGGAUCCAAACAAAAUUGCUGCAAUAAGAGAGUUUCUUGCAACUAAUUUUCCAACCUGUGAUUUGAGUGAGCAUGGAAAAGACUGGAAAACCUGUAUCACAAAUGUCAAUUCUAUGAUCCGCUGUUUGCGCUCUGAAACCAAAGCAAAGUCAACAAGUUCUCCUAAGGAGACAACUGAGGAGAAAGAAGUGUCUGAUGCUCCUGAUACAUCUCAUUGUUUAGAUUUAAAUUAUAAUGAAGAUAGUGGAGAAAAUUCUCAAAACUCUCAGAAAAUGACUGGCUCCACAACUGACACAUUGCAGAAUUCAGGAUUGGAUACGUUUCCAGAAGCUUUCCAAACAUCUUCAGUCAGGAAACAACAGUCUUUGGAACCUAUGGAACAUCUUGGGAGCCCAUGUCACAAUGUUCAGUUGCCUUUCUCAGUCAUUUACGUCGCUAAGGGGAAGGCACGGCCAGAGUUGUCAGCUCGCUACCUAAUUCGUCAUAUGUUCCCUGAGCAUGUGCUGGUCAGAAGCAACGUGUAUGGUAGUCUUGAUCGUGGCAUGAGCCCCCUGGAUUCCAAUAAAAUCAACGCUCUCAGAGACUUCCUUCAAGAGAAUUUUCCAUCCUUUGAUCUAAAUGAGAGUGGAUUUGAUUGGAAGGCAUGCGUGGCUGCCAUAAACAGCACAAUCCGCAGUCUCAGGCAUGAGCUUAAAAAGGCUACGUCUGGAAUCCGCCGGAGAGCCUCGGCAGUGCCGCCCCUGAGUGCAGAGUCCCCCAGAGGAUCCCACUUCCGUAAAGCCAGUGGAAAGCAACACUCUCAUAUGUCAGAUUGAAGCUCUCUAGCAUCUGUCUAAAAUCUUAAUUUAGCAGGUUUGUAUUAAUUUUGUGUAGAAGCCUGUAAUACUGAGCUGUCCUAUUCAACUGAGUUGUCAGCAGCACUAAAUAGCAUCACUUCAUGAGACCAGAGUUUGCAGAAGGCUUGGGAGCCCUAACUCUUUGCAUAAAUAGCAUUUGUGCUCCUCAGAAAUUAUUUUCACUGUUCCCUGCAGCAUUUGCAAUGUGCUCUCUCCUAAAAGCAUCUUCUUAUCAUGAUUCAUUGAAUCUGAAGGAUUAAUCUGAUUAGAAAAGAUGCACUGUGCAUCAGUUCAGCAGAAGCAGAUGGAAAAGAGGAGAAGAAAGAGUGGUCCUCCUUGGAGGAUGAAUCAUAGCCAGCUAAAUUAUCUCAUUAUGUGUGAGGAAUGAAAUUUGCUUUGACAAUUGGGUAUCUUCAGCAAAAAUAUCAGAAAGGAAAAAAAUAUUUUUACUUGCAUUAUUUAACUUGUUAUCUGGACUUGAUGAUCUUCAAGGUCUUUUCUAACCUUAAUGAUUGUGUGAUCUCUCACAUUUUUGCCUCCUAUAUCAGUGUUUUUUGUAGGGUAAGAGGCAGACAACAAUAUCAGUACAGCUGGUAAUACUGCUUUGCUCUGAGUUAGCUCUACAAAAAGGACAAAAUAAAUCCAAAACAGUCCAAUGGUUGGUUCUGUUUUUCUUAAUGAAAUUUAAGGAAAAUACUUCUUCAGGAUCCUGAACUCCACCAUCUCUUACUGAACAACAGUACUUUGAAGUACUGAAGCUAAGGCUUCACAUUUUCAACAAAUUCCUUGUUGUAGAUGGUAUGAAGUCCAGAAAAGCACCUGUCAAUAAUAAAUGUUCACACCCUUGCCUUUCCUUUCUGUCCACACAAGACUAAGAUUUAUUAGUGCACUAAGUUAUACAUCAGACAAACUAAUUUUAGCAAACUAACUUCGAAAAUCAUUUGGAUGUUGAACUUCUAAAAAUAAAAAAUAAUUACCAUAUAUAUUCAAUUUCACAUCUUAGUUUAAUUUGUAAGUUAGAAUUCAACAACAGUAACUAUACAGAAGUUAAAGGGGGUUUUUGUUGAUUAGGAUGUUAUUUGGAGGUUUUUUGUUUUCAAAAAAAGGAAGUAGUCAAUAGAAUCAUAAAAUAUGCUGAUUUGUAAGGGACAUAUCAGGAUCAUCAAGUCCAACUCCUGACAGUGCAUAGGAUCAUCUCCAAAAAUAGGUGCCUGAGACCAUUGUCCAAAUACUUUUUGAACUCUGUCAGGCUUGGUGCUGUGACCACUUCCCUAGGAACCUGUGCUAGUGUCCAGCCGCCCUCUGGGUGAAGAACCUAUCCUGAUAAUAGUUUCCAACCUAAACCUCCCCUGCCACAGCUUCAAGCCAUUCCCUCAGGUACUGUCACUGGUCACAAGAAUGAAGAGACCCUGCCCCACUUCUCUCCCCUGUGAGGAUGUUGAUGACCACAAUGAGGUUUCCCCUCGGUCCCCUGCAGGCUGACAAAAACCAAGUGCCCUCAGCUGCUUCUCACACAGCUUCCCCUCCAGACCCUUCACCAUCCUCAUGGCUCUCCUCUGGAUACCCUCUAAUAGCUGAAUGUCUUUCUUAUAUUGUGGUGCCUAAAACUGCCCCUGGCACUUGAGGUGAGGCCACCCCAGUGCAGAGCAGAGCAGGACAAUCUCCUCCCUUACCUGGCUGGUGGUGCUGGGCCUGAUGCAGCCCAGGACAGGGCUGAUUCUCCUGGCUGACAGGGCACUUCGGGUUAAAAUUCAACUUGACAUCAACCAGGACCCCCAGGACCCUUUCCAUUGCUGCUUUCCAGCUUCUCAAACCCCAGCUUAUGCACACAGCUAGGGUUGCCCUGUUCCAGGCGCAGAAUCCAGCACUUGCCCUUGUUGAACUCCAUACAGUUGGUAUAAACGAUUCUGUUCCAUGUUUUUCAGCAUCAGUCACACAGUCCUCCUGGAGUCUGUACAGGCUGACUGCUGUGUGAAGUUGCCCUGCCACUUGAGUUUGGUCUGAGUGCAGUCUCAGAGGUACAGUUUCUUCCCAGAAGAAAGCUUCUUGGAAGACUGGCAUAGGGAGUGGAUUUUACCUCUGAGAGUUGUGGAAACUGUGGCUUCCAAAAUAACACCUGUAGAUAGCAGAAUUAGAUUUAAGUAAAUCUGUCCUCCAAGACAAAGGUUUCAUAGUUUAUUUGUUAGCAAUAGGAUAAAACAGUGAAUUUACUCAUUCUUGCUUCAACUUCUGUUCAUAACAGACAGACAGUCUUUCUUAUACAGGGUAUAGGACCAGCUUUUUAAUUGCAACUUAGGAUAUGCAAUGGCCUUAUCAAUUAUGAAAUCAGUUGGUAAUUUAAGUUCCUCCUGCCACCUCCUUGCAGAAGUCCUCUGCAGGAUUCAAGAAAUGGACUGAAUUUCUGAACUUUUCUUGGUAGAAAUGUACUGCAAAUUUGGUUGUUCUGGUGUACUAUUAAUAAAUUCUUCUGUUACUUUCUAUACAGUCCUUGUUGUAAAUGGCAAGAACUUUGUUGUGUAUAGGUAUUACUAGUUCCAAAUCUGAGGAAAAGCCAAAAAUGCUUAUAUUUCUUUCAGUAGUUUUAUGGGUUUUUUUUCACUGCCCUUCAUGUAUUUUAAGGGUAGAAGGAUAUAUUUAUUGAAUGACGUCUGGCACUGAAAUCUGUUAAGUGUGGUGCAUACCUGUAGCUUCCAUCUUGAAAAGAAAAUUGGAUAAUUUAAGUAGAAUUAGUUUUCUUGUUUCUGUCUCAAAUGUAUAAAAUUUCGCUAACUUUUAUAAAGUACAAUUAAAGUAUUUUGCUGUUAGGAAUAAAGUAUUUUACAAAUAAAACUAGCACAUAGCUCUUUGACUACA